AUGUGUAUAGACUCCAUGUUAGAGGCAUGCGGUAUCAGUGGAUUUCUUCUGCCGGUGGGGCGGGCGGCGACGGCGUCUCUUAAAAGAAAUCCGGAAGAUUUCACAGUUGUGGAGAUCGACCCCGCAGGCGUCCGCACAGAUGCGGUGGGAUAUCAAUUGCCAAUCCCCACCCCACAGAAGAACGGUAAUAAUAUAGACAACUCUUUCUCUUCAUUACAAGAGAAAAGCAACACUGCUGUUAACACAAGUGGAAUAGAUAGAAAAGAUUAUUCUCUUGUCUCUGCAGGGAAUGAUAUUUCUUCUUCUUCUUUUCCAGCCGAAUGUGAGGUGGUUCUAUUGAAUGAUGUUAUUCGAGAUGCUCUUUCAACAACAUUUGGAAGUAAACAAGAUGCUAUUGCACAGUAUCGGUUGUCCAUCUGUACGGAUGGAGAAAACGCUUUUUCUUCCAAUACUACGAAGGAAUUCCUUAUUGGUGUAUUUAAUUCAAGAGAAGAUCGGAAACGUUUACAUUACACAUUAAAGACUCAAUUUCCACACCUUCGAACUGAGACACGUCGUAUUCCUUCUCUUUCUUCUUCUUCUUUACAAGGGAAUGGAGAAAUGUCGGAUUAUCAGGUGUUUGCCUUAUAUGAUUUGGAUUAUCUUCUUCUUGCCUAUUGUUUAGAUGAACGAACGGCAGAUGCGAUGGAACGGUGGAAUACCACCGAACCUUCCUGCAGAAGUUCUUUUAAAUUAACAGCAAAUUUCUCACAAGAGGCAACGAAAGAGACACGACGUUGUUUUCACAAGAUGCUCUCACGACGCUAUCCAGAUAUUAUUUCACGGGUUACAAAUGGUCAGGUAACUCUUAUGCCUUCACCAAAGCAACGGGGAAAGCGUUUACGAAAUAGUGAUAAUGGUAAUGGUAUGGAUAGUACUACUACUACUACAACAACAAUAUUAUUAUUUAGACAUCUUCUGGUUCGAAAACGAAAUCUUGAUAUGAUGGAACUUCGUAUACUUCUUGCGGAAUAUUUUAACGUACCUGAUACUGCUGUGUGUUCAGCGGGAAUGAAAGAUAAAUGUGCGGUGACGUACCAGCGCUGUUCUGUUCCUAUAUCAUUAAAAGCGAAUCAACAAGAAAAUAAUAAUAAGAAGGAAUUAAUUCGUUUAACAUGGCCUAGUGAUCCUUCAAGCUAUCUUGAAAUACUGCAGAUUUCUGAUCCUUGUAAGGUACCUAUUCAAACUGGAGAACUUAAUGGAAAUUGGUUUCGUAUUCGCCUACUUGAUAUAAAUGGAAUUUCACAGGAUGAACUCACAGAACGCCUCCGACGCAUUGAAUCUGAUGGAUUUCUAAAUUAUUUUGGACAACAACGAUUUAGUGAAAAUGUAAAAAGUGUGAGAGAUCAUGUUGGUAUACAUGUGUUAGCGGGGCGUUGGAUAGAUGCUGUGCGAAGUCUCAUGUCUGGUGCCCCUGGUCUGUAUGAAUCCUUUCCAGAAAAAAUGGAAGUGCGAUAUGUACCAAUGAAUGCACGAGAUGCUCAUUGUAUUGUUCAUGCACUUCGGCGAGUCUAUCAAACACAAUACGCAUCCCUGUCGAAUCCUUUAUCUUCAGAGGAUGUGAAGAGUUAUUCUUCACGUUGGAAACAGUUAUGUCAUGAUGCACUCUUAACAGUUCCAUAUGCUUUUCGUGUUUUGUGGAUACACGGAGCACAGAGUCUUAUUUUUAAUAUGAUGCUUUCCAAAUUGAGUAAUGUAGAGACAUCAUUGAAAUGUGUAAAGUCUUUACCUCUCUUGGGAUAUCAAAUAACAGUAGAGGAUGCGGUGAAACCUUUUCUAGAGCCAACACUCUCAGAACUUCACCUUACUGUGGAUGAUGUAUUUCAACAAAAGAAAGUUCUUGGUGUGUCAUUACCAGGUGCUAUGCGAGAGACAAUAGUACAUCCUAAGGAGACGCUUCUGGUCUUUGAUAGUGAUAAGAGAGGUGAAAAUGGAGAAGUAGAGAAAGAAAGAGAAGGAGAGGAAAAAGAUAGUUUUAAUGCAACUCUUUCUUUUUCUCUACCAUCUUCCAGCUAUGCGACUAUUUUUCUACGAGAGGUUUUAGGCUGUGAUAAGUGGUGGUCGUGA